CUCUAUAUAAACCAAUCUCCCAUUUCAUAGUUCUACCCAAAAAAGGAAAGCCCACGCAUACGCACACACAAAAAAACUACUCUAAAAAACAACUACUUUUACUACUUUUUCUCCUUCUUUCCAUGGAAACACAGCUUGAGAGCUUCUGGGUUUUAGCUCUUGUUUCCAAAUGCAACUCUCUCUCUUCUCAUAGCACUUUUUUUCUUCUUAUGUUUCUCUGCAUGGCUUGGCUUACCAUGUCUUUGUGCUACUGGGCUUACCCUGGAGGCCCUGCCUGGGGUAAACACUGGUUGAUUAAAAGAGAAAGCAAAAUAAUUCCUGGUCCUCGAGGGUUUCCACUGCUGGGCAGCAUGAAUCUCAUGGCUAACUUAGCUCAUCAUAAGCUUGCAGCUGCAGCUAAUCUUUUUAAGGCAAAAAGACUGAUGGCUUUUAGCCUGGGAGACAGUAGGGUUAUAGUCACAUGCAAUCCUGAUGUGGCUAAAGAAAUUCUAAACAGCUCAGUCUUUGCAGAUCGUCCACUCAAAGAAUCUGCUUAUGGACUUAUGUUUAACAGAGCAAUUGGCUUUGCUCCUUAUGGACUAUAUUGGCGAACCCUAAGGAGAAUCGCAGCAACUCAUCUUUUCUGUCCUAAACAAAUAAACUUAACAGAGACACAGAGAUCAGAUAUUGGUUCUCAAAUGGUAUCACUAAUUGCAUGUCAGAAAGGGGAUUUCCAAAUCCGCAGUAUACUAAAAAAAGCAUCACUUAACAACAUGAUGUGGUCUGUGUUUGGGCGUAGAUACGAACUGAGUUCGUAUAAUAGUGAAACAGAACAACUGAGAGGGCUUGUUGAGGAAGGUUAUGAACUACUUGGGAAGCUCAACUGGUCCGAUCAUCUUCCUUGGCUUGCAUGUUUAGAUUUUCAAAAGAUCAGGUUCAGGUGCUCCCAACUUGUUCCUAAGGUCAACCAUUUUGUCAACCAGAUUAUUGACCAACACAAAUCGCAGUUAAACUACAGCCAAAGGAAGCAAGAUUUUGUGGACGUUUUACUCUCACUUCAAGGACCGGACAAGUUGUCAGACCAAGAUAUGGUUGCUGUUCUUUGGGAGAUGAUUUUUAGAGGAACCGAUACUGUUGCGGUUUUGAUAGAGUGGAUACUAGCAAGAAUGGUACUCCAUCCUGAAAUCCAAUCAAAAGUCCAUCAUGAGCUUGAUCGAGUCGUGGGAAGAUCAAGGCCGUUGAUGGAAUCAGAUAUUCAAUCAAUGAUUUACCUACAAGCAGUUGUGAAAGAAGUACUUAGGCUACACCCACCGGGCCCACUUUUAUCCUGGGCCCGUUUGGCAAUCACGGAUACUAAAGUGGAUGGGUAUGAGGUGCCUCAAGGGACCACAGCUAUGGUUAAUAUGUGGGCCAUAACAAGGGACCCAGAGGUCUGGAUGGACCCAGUCAAGUUCUGGCCAGAAAGAUUUAUGUGCAAAGACACUGACACGGAGUUUUCAGUUUUAGGGUCGGACCUUAGACUGGCUCCAUUCGGGUCGGGGAGGAGAACUUGCCCCGGGAAGGCAUUGGGUUUAGCCACAGUUAGCUUUUGGGUGGGGACCUUGUUGCAUGAGUUCGAGUGGGUGCAAUCGGAUCGUGACCCGGUGGAUCUCACGGAAGUGCUAAGGCUUUCUUGUGAACUGGCAAACCCUCUUAGCGUCAAAGUAUAUCCUAGGAGGAGAGGUUGCUAAUUGCUAAUUAGUAGUUAAUUAAGUUGUGUCCUAAUAACAUAUACAGUACAAGAACACAUUGUAAAUAUCCCCUUUGUACGUCUUUCCAUGGCUAAUAAGUAGCAAGUAUAAUAUACCUCUUCAUUGUAAAUUCUGAAUCA